GUACCCUGCGCAUGCUAGCUAGCUUCAAUAUUCCUUAAUUCCACAGUCCCCCCUUGAAGCCAUGUAUGUAUAAAUACCCCCUCCGCUCCCCACUGGAAUCCUCACCACCCCAUCUUCGGCUUUAUCUAGCUACCCACUUCACAGGUAUACAAAGCACCCAUCCCGGCCACCGUCACCGUCCAUCUCCUCCCAGCUCGGUCCAGCCAUGGCUUCUUGUUUUAUCUUGAAGAUGAAGACCCUCUCCCUGCUCUCCCUCGCCCUUGCCGUCUUCGUGGAGGGCACUCUAGGGGAAGUAACUUGUGAUAAUCUGGGGGAGGACAAGUGCGCGUUUGCGGUGUCGGCGACGGGGAAGCGGUGCGUGCUGGAGAAGCAGGUGAAGCGCACCGGCGAAGAGAAGUUCGUGUGCCGCACGUCAGACAUUGAAACCGACAAGUUGAAGGAUUUGGUGGAGAACGACGAGUGCAUCAAGGCCUGCGGCGUCGACAGGAAGUCUCUCGGCAUCUCCUCCGAUUCCCUGCUUGAGUCUCGCUUCACCCACAAGCUUUGCUCCUCUGAGUGUUACCAGUCCUGCCCCAACAUCGUCGAUCUGUACUUCAACCUUGCUGCCGGCGAAGGCGUGUUUCUUCCUAAACUAUGCGAGGCGCAAAUGAGUACGGGCGUGCGUAGGGGUAUGGAGGAGAUCCGAAGCUCUGGCUUUGUUGCAGCAGCACCCGAAGCAGCAGUAGGGCUCACGGAAAGCGAUGCUAGUGCACCUACACUUCCACCGGCGCCUUUCUAACUUGUUUCGGUUCCGAGCAGAAAAUAAUUUGGCAUGCGGCUUUCUUAAUAAACUUAAUGGUAUUUAGGUGCGGGACUUCAGCGCAUGCAGUGUGUGCGCGUGCGGGUCACGUUUAGUUUGCGUUUAUGUAUGUGUCACAAUAUAUGUCAUAUGUAAGUGAGGUGCUCAAAAAUCGUCGAUUGGUUUAUAAUAGUACAUGUUUUGUGGAUA